AUGGAUGGAAAUAAUACUUCACAAGUACCAUAUGUAGAGGAAGAUGACUUAAUUGCAUCCAAUGAAGUAGACCUAGAAUUAGAUGAUAGAGAUAUUCUGAAAACAGGAAUGAUAUUCAGUUGCUACGGUGUUAUGUAUGAUUAUUGCAAAUAUUAUGCUAUGAAGACAGGUUGGGCAAUCAGAACAAGAUCUAACUCAAAAAGAGAUGGCGCACUUAAGUAUGUCCAGCUUGUAUGUUUAAGAGCGUUCAGAGGUAAAUCCCUUAAAGAAAGUGAGCCCAAAUCUUCGCAGAUAACUGGGUGUUCUACACGUAUUCGAGCGGUGCUCAACUCAGAUGGAGAGUACAAAUUGACCACAAUAUGUCUAGAGCACAAUCAUCAUUUGUGCCCAGAAGCAACCAGACGUAUAAGACAAUAUAGGGGGCUGGAUCAACAUUCAAAACAUAGGUUUUCUUCUAAUCAAGAUGCUGGUGUUCGACCUUCCAAAAACAUUCAUGCUAUACUGACCGAAAAAGGUGGAUACGCCAAUUUGGGAUACACCGUGAAAGAUGCACAAAACUUCAUUAAUAAGAGAACAACUUUGAAGCUUCAGAGUGGUGAUGCAGAUGCCCUUCACAGAUACUUUAUUAUGAUGCAAAAGAAUAAUCCUGAGUUUUUUUAUUCUAUUGAUGUUGAUGACGAAGGUCGACUAAGGAACGUCUUUUGGGCUGAUGCUAGGAGUAGAGCAGCUUGUGAAGAUUUUGGAGAUGUUAUCACUUUUGACACCACUUGUUUAACCAACAAAUAUGAUAUGCCAUUUGCUCCUUUUGUUGGAGUAAAUCAUCAUGGUCAAUCUAUCUUAUUAGGUUGUGGUUUAUUAUGUGAUGAGACUACAAUGUCAUUUAUAUGGCUAUAUGAAGAAUGGAAAAAAUGCAUGAAGGGAAAAUCUCCAAAUGCUAUAAUUACUGAUCAGUGUGCAGCAAUGAAAAACGCUAUUGUGGUCGUGUUUCCAGAUGCUAAACAUCGAUGGUGA